AUGGCUCUUCCAACAAAAGGCCGUGUUAUAGUCGACACCACUGUCGGAGAGAUUGAAAUUGAGCUAUGGUCAAAGGAAACGCCGAAAGCAUGCAGAAACUUCCUUGCACUUGCUAUGGAGGGGUACUAUGAUGGUGUCAUCUUCCACAGAGUCGUCCCAGGUUUUCUUGUUCAGACGGGCGAUAAGACAGGCACAGGGGCGGGAGGAGAGUCGUUCUACGGAGAACCAUUUGAAGAUGAGAUACAUCCGCGCUUGCGUUUCUCCCACAGAGGUCUCGUUGCGAUGGCUAACAAUGGCACUAAGAACUCCAAUGACUCCCAGUUCUUCAUUACCCUCGAUAGAGCUGAUGAAUUACAUGGAAAACAUACCUUGUUCGGACGGUGCAUGGGAGAUACGGUCUACAACGUGAUGAAGAUCGGAGAAAUGGAACUCGACUCGGAAGGUCGCCCAGUAUACCCGCCCAGAAUCAAGUCAAUCCGGAUCGUCGACAACCCAUUCGAUGACAUCGUGCCCCGUAUCACCGCAGCUGAGAAACGUGCCCAACAAAGAGCGAGAGAGCAGGCACAAAAGGAGCGAGAGGAGGAGCAGCGGAGAAAAGGUGCCAAGAAAAACGUCAAGUUGCUUAGUUUCGGUGCAGAAGAAGAUGCAGGCGAAGGCGACGAUUCUACAACGUUCAAGAAGAAACCUAUGUACAGACCUGAAUUGGUUGAAAAGCCAAGGAAAGAGACGACCAUUCCCGACUUUGUUUCGCAGCCUAGCUCAAGUAGUAAGGCAAAACCCCCAGCAUUGGAACCUCCAAAAGAGUCAAAGUCUGACAAACCGUCGAAGAAGACUACUGACGACGACAUUUCUAAAAUUCGACAACAACACGCCAAAGAAAAAUCUGCGUCAGAAAAUGCUCGCAAAACAGAGAUCGAAAAGAUGGAAGCCGAGAUUCGCAAACUCCAAAAGCGGAAAGACGGCGGCGGGUCCGACAGCGACGAUGACGCCUCACGGAAUAAAAAGGCUAAAAAAUCAUACCUCAGCGAAGAGCUCGCAAAGUACGCCAAGGGCAGGGGUAUACACAAGAAGGGCAAGAAGAGGGACGAGGGCGACGUGCUCGCGGCGCUGAACAGCUUCAGAGGCAAAUUGCAGAACACGAUGUUUGUGGACGAUGAGGUCCCGAAUGACGAGGGUAAAGGAAAAGCUCGUGAGGUGGAGGGUGGCACCAACAAUGAAGAAGAGGGUGCGGUAGCUGAAGGUGGGGUAGUGGGAGGUGGUGGCGAAGAGGACGAGGGUAUGGAGGUCGACUAUGACUUUGGGUUCAUGGGCCAUGCGCUUCAUUUUGCGAAGGACAAUAUGGAGGAGACGGUCAAGGCCGAGCGGGAUUACGAGGUCAUCGACCCACGACAGCGCAGUGCGCAGGCGCGCCAGGAGGAACGCGAGCGAAGAAAGGCCGCCCUCAAAGCGAAGGGAGGCGGUGUCAGUGGUGGGCGGUACCGUCGAUGA